UUCUCACUUCCUUCCAUGCUAAUUGUUACAAAGAAUCUGCUGUUAUAAUGAGAUUACGUACAUUUCAAAGUGCAGUGUUAAAUCUUGAACUUCUUUAAGUAUAAUUAAGUUAGUUCAGAUUCAAGGGACUAAUGGGGAUUUUGAAGUUACCUCCCCUUUUAUUACAAUAAUCUAGAAAUAAAUAAGUACAUUGAACAUGGGAAACUGAAGUACCUUUUACAUUAUUUCGCACAUGAAUUUUUAAAAUCUAAUUUAUGCCAUUCAAAUGAAAAAGUUAAUUUUGUAAUGAGACGUGUACUCUAUCAGAUAAUAUAUGCCUUCAAUGUUGUGAAAGUUUAUAUAUCUAUAUUUUGUAUUGUUUACAAGCCAAACUGAUGACAAAUAUAUGUAUACAUGAACAUUUGUAUUGUAUAAGACAAAGAGGUGAAGGAGUCCUGUGGGUGGUGCUGGUAGAUAGAUGUAUCAGUAGAGGAGGUGGAUACCUGAGUAUUCUUAUAGAGCUCCAUGGACGAUGGAUAAUAACAGGUAGAUAAAUGAUGGAACAUCAACACAAGGGAUUCUGUGACUUAGUAGAUUUUGUUAGUUGACAUUUAGAUGGCUAAACCAACAAUCAUCAGAUCAAUUUUACAUCAAGAAAAAGGAAAGCUGAAGUGCAAAAUACGGUUCAAAAUAUUGAUUGUUCUAAUCACAUGAUGUGCAAUUGUUUAGAAUUUUACGCUAGUUAGGAUUAUUGAGAGAAAUGAUAUAAAUAAAUGUUUUGUGUUAUUUUCACACCAAGUCAUAUAUUUCGUAUACACUGAACAGACACUGUUCUAUUUCUCAUGUAUGAAGGUAGAUCAUCUAGCCAUUCUGAAGAUUGAGUCCCAAUGGUUCCAGUGUUUUAAGUGUUUCUAUCCACGUUUUUUUUAUUCUGAAUGUUGACGUUGACCUUUGUCAUGGUGACAAUAAUGACUUUAACAUCAUCAAUGUUGUGGUUGUUUGACGUAAAAUGGUGGGACAUGGGUUAUGUUGGUGAAACGACCAUGCAUUCUCAGAAGGACAGAGUUGGAAGUUUGUCCCACAUAUUGUAUACAUAUAUUGCAUUUCUGGCGUGGGAGAUGUAAACUGUUAAAAUAUACAAUGUCACAAAAUCCCUGGUGUUGAUGUUCCAUCCUUCAUCUACUGGUUGUUUAGUAUGUAUGAUGUAAUGUUACCCGGUCUAUAUACAAGGAAAAUAGCCCAUGUGUUUAGAGACAACUACAUACAAAAUACAAUGUUCACAAGAAAAAUCAGAGUUGUGCACAUUGAUCAGGAAAGACAACAUGUGAAAAAUUGUUCAGGCAAUUCUUAUACUUCAUAUCAAAUAGAAAGAAAUUGAAGUUUUGUCACACUAUUUAUUUUUUUCUGCCAAUACUCUAGAAAACAUUGCUUUUCCAUGUUUUCUCUUGUAUCUAGGACUGAAUAUUUACGUCCAAAUAGGAUCAGGAAAUAUUUAGUGUCCUGUCUUGACAUCACAAUAGGUCAUACUUCAUGACAUGUGUAUGGACUGGAUUACAGGAAAUUAUCAUCAUCACUUACAAAAGAUUGUGAUCCUGUUAGAAGACAUAGGAUUGUAAUCCUGGAUGCAUGUGUAGGUAGAAGAUGGAAAAUCAUGUGGAAAACAGAUCCAUGUAACAGUAAUGUUCCAGGCCUACAGAUCCAGUAUAAACACCCGGUAGAAAUGUUUUAUAUACCUGGUAAAUAAGUGAUAGAUGUGCUAUUGAUUUACAUUGUAUCUGAAAUAUAGACACUAUAAAGAUGAUUUCCUUGUGUAUGUUUGAUGUGACAUAAUAUAGUGUGUAUUGAUGAUGGUCACCUGACUUUUCUUCAGGUUUAAAUUGAUAUUGUGUGUGUGUGUGUGUGCGCGCGCAUGUGUGCGUGUGCGUGCGCAUGCGCGUGCGUGUGUGUGAGAGAGAGAUAUAUAUAAUAUGAAACAGAAGUAAAUAAGUGUUAUCUAACAAAUUUAUCAAAUACUUAAUAUAGAUGUUAAACAUUUCAGGUACUGUCAUAGCAAUGGUGUUUUGCUAUUAAACUUUGGAUGGAAGCACUGGGCAUAUCAACUAGUUAAUAACACUAGAAAAGUCCAUUUGACAAGGAGACCUAGAAAGAAAGAAAUAUCUAUCUAGGUUUCUGUUCACCAUUCUCAAUCUAGGUUUCUGUCCAUUCUCAAUCUAGGUUUCUGUUCACCAUUCUCAAUCUAGAUUUCUGUUCACCAUUCUCUAUCUAGAUUUCUGUUCACCAUUCUCUAUCUAUAUUUCUGUUCACCAUUCUCUAUCUAGGUUUCUGUUCACCAUUCUCUAUCUAGGUUUCUGUUCACCAUUCUCUAUCUAGGUUUCUGUUCACCAUUCUCUAUCUAGGUUUCUGUUCACCAUUCUCUAUCUAGGUUUCUGUUCACCAUUCUCUAUCUAGGAUUCUGUUCACCAUUCUCUAUCUAUAUUUCUGUUCACCAUUCUCUAUCUAGGUUUCUGUUCACCAUUCUCUAUCUAGGUUUCUGUUCACCAUUCUCUAUCUAUAUUUCUGUUCACCAUUCUCUAUCUAGGUUUCUGUUCACCAUUCUCUAUCUAUAUUUCUGUUCACCAUUCUCUAUCUAGGUUUCUGUUCACCAUUCUCUAUCUAGGUUUCUGUUCACCAUUCUCUAUCUAUAUUUCUGUUCACCAUUCUCUAUCUAGGUUUCUGUUCACCAUUCUCUAUCUAUAUUUCUGUUCACCAUUCUCUAUCUAGGUUUCUGUUCACCAUUCUCUAUCUAUAUUUCUGUUCACCAUUCUCUAUCUAGGUUUCUGUUCACCAUUCUCUAUCUAGGUUUCUGUUCACCAUUCUCUAUCUAUAUUUCUGUUCACCAUUCUCUAUCUAGGUUUCUGUUCACCAUUCUCUAUCUAUAUUUCUGUUCACCAUUCUCUAUCUAGGUUUCUGUUCACCAUUCUCUAUCUAUAUUUCUGUUCACCAUUCUCUAUCUAUAUUUCUGUUCACCAUUCUCUAUCUAUAUUUCUGUUCACCAUUCUCUAUCUAGGUUUCUGUUCACCAUUCUCUAUCUAGGUUUCUGUUCACCAUUCUCUAUCUAGGUUUCUGUUCACCAUUCUCUAUCUAUAUUUCUGUUCACCAUUCUCUAUCUAGGUUUCUGUUCACCAUUCUCUAUCUAUAUUUCUGUUCACCAUUCUCUAUCUAGGUUUCUGUUCACCAUUCUCUAUCUAGGUUUCUGUUCACCAUUCUCUAUCUAGGUUUCUGUUCACCAUUCUCUAUCUAGGUUUCUGUUCACCAUUCUCUAUCUAGGUUUCUGUUCACCAUUCUCUAUCUAGGUUUCUGUUCACCAUUCUCUAUCUAGGUUUCUGUUCACCAUUCUCUAUCUAGGUUUCUGUUCACCAUUCUCUAUCUAUAUUUCUGUUCACCAUUCUCUAUCUAGGUUUCUGUUCACCAUUCUCUAUCUAUAUUUCUGUUCACCAUUCUCUAUCUAGGUUUCUGUUCACCAUUCUCUAUCUAUAUUUCUGUUCACCAUUCUCUAUCUAGGUUUCUGUUCACCAUUCUCUAUCUAGGUUUCUGUUCACCAUUCUCUAUCUAGGUUUCUGUUCACCAUUCUCUAUCUAUAUUUCUGUUCACCAUUCUCUAUCUAGGUUUCUGUUCACCAUUCUCUAUCUAGGUUUCUGUUCACCAUUCUCUAUCUAGGUUUCUGUUCACCAUUCUCUAUCUAGGUUUCUGUUCACCAUUCUCUAUCUAUAUUUCUGUUCACCAUUCUCUAUCUAGGUUUCUGUUCACCAUUCUCUAUCUAUAUUUCUGUUCACCAUUCUCUAUCUAGGUUUCUGUUCACCAUUCUCUAUCUAUAUUUCUGUUCACCAUUCUCUAUCUAGGUUUCUGUUCACCAUUCUCUAUCUAGGUUUCUGUUCACCAUUCUCUAUCUAUAUUUCUGUUCACCAUUCUCUAUCUAUAUUUCUGUUCACCAUUCUCUAUCUAGGUUUCUGUUCACCAUUCUCUAUCUAUAUUUCUGUUCACCAUUCUCUAUCUAGGUUUCUGUUCACCAUUCUCUAUCUAUAUUUCUGUUCACCAUUCUCUAUCUAGGUUUCUGUUCACCAUUCUCUAUCUAGGUUUCUGUUCACCAUUCUCUAUCUAGGUUUCUGUUCACCAUUCUCUAUCUAGAUUUCUGUUCACCAUUCUCUAUCUAUAUUUCUGUUCACCAUUCUCUAUCUAGGUUUCUGUUCACCAUUCUCUAUCUAGGUUUCUGUUCACCAUUCUCUAUCUAGGUUUCUGUUCACCAUUCUCUAUCUAUAUUUCUGUUCACCAUUCUCUAUCUAGGUUUCUGUUCAAUAUUAUCAAGUCAGUUCAUGUUCUGAUUGUGGUAAAUACUUUGACUACAAAUUACUAAGGAUUGAGGAAAAUUGCAUUCCCUGUGUUAUAUAAUGAUGUUCUUCUUAGGUGUUGAAAUAUUCCUUGAGCAUAUGGGUUGAAAUAAUUUAGAUAUUGGUUAUAAGUCCUUGGUAUGCUUGAAACAUUAGAUUGGCUGUGCUAAAGUUCAUUGAAUUUAAUUUAUUGAAGCAUUUGUGGCAGGUGAAAAAAAUAGAGUAUAGCAGCUUCAUGAGAGAAUGCUGUGUUGUAUCAAUGUGAGUACUGUAAAGCUUCAUGAGAGAAUGCUGUGUAGUAACAAUGUGAGUACAGUAAAGCUUCAUGAGAGAAUGCUGUGUUGUAACAAUUUGAGUACAGUAAAGCUUCAUGAGAGAAUGCUGUGUUGUAACAAUGUGAGUACAGUAAGUCUUCAUGAGAGAAUGCUGUGUUGUAACAUUGUGAGUACAGUAAAGCUUCGUGAGAGAAUGCUGUGUUGUCACAUUACCAGCACAGUAAAUCUUCAUGAGAGAAUGCUGUGUUGUAACAAUGUGAGAACAGUAAGGCUUCAUGAGAGAAUGCUGUGUUGUAACAUUGUGAGUACAGUAAAGCUUCGUGAGAGAAUGCUGUGUUGUCACAUUACCAGCACAGUAAAGCUUCAUGAGAGAAUGCUGUGUUGUAACAAUGUGAGAACAGUAAGGCUUCAUGAGAGAAUGCUGUGUUGUAACAUUGUGAGUACAGUAGAGCUUCAUGAGAGAAUGCUGUGUUGUCACAUUACCAGCACAGUAAAGCUUCAUGAGAGAAUGCUGUGUUGUCACAUUACCAGCACAGUAAAGCUUCAUGAGAGAAUGCUGUGUUGUAACAAUGUGAGAACAGUAAGGCUUCAUGAGAGAAUGCUGUGUUGUAACAUUGUGAGUACAGUAGAGCUUCGUGAGAGAAUGCUGUGUUGUCACAUUACCAGCACAGUAAAGCUUCAUGAGAGAAUGCUGUGUUGUAACAAUGUGAGAACAGUAAGGCUUCAUGAGAGAAUGCUGUGUUGUAACAUUGUGAGUACAGUAGAGCUUCGUGAGAGAAUGCUGUGUUGUAACAUUGUGAGUACAGUAGAGCUUCGUGAGAGAAUGCUGUGUUGUCACAUUACCAGCACAGUAAAGCUUCAUGAGAGAAUGCUGUGUUGUAACAAUGUGAGAACAGUAAGGCUUCAUGAGAGAAUGCUGUGUUGUAACAUUGUGAGUACAGUAGAGCUUCAUGAGAGAAUGCUGUGUUGUCACAUUACCAGCACAGUAAAGCUUCAUGAGAGAAUGCUGUGUUGUCACAUUACCAGCACAGUAAAGCUUCAUGAGAGAAUGCUGUGUUGUAACAAUGUGAGAACAGUAAGGCUUCAUGAGAGAAUGCUGUGUUGUAACAUUGUGAGUACAGUAGAGCUUCGUGAGAGAAUGCUGUGUUGUCACAUUACCAGCACAGUAAAGCUUCAUGAGAGAAUGCUGUGUUGUAACAAUGUGAGAACAGUAAGGCUUCAUGAGAGAAUGCUGUGUUGUAACAUUGUGAGUACAGUAGAGCUUCGUGAGAGAAUGCUGUGUUGUAACAUUGUGAGUACAGUAGAGCUUCGUGAGAGAAUGCUGUGUUGUCACAUUACCAGCACAGUAAAGCUUCAUGAGAGAAUGCUGUGUUGUAACAAUGUGAGAACAGUAAGGCUUCAUGAGAGAAUGCUGUGUUGUAACAUUGUGAGUACAGUAGAGCUUCGUGAGAGAAUGCUGUGUUGUAACAUUGUGAGUACAGUAGAGCUUCGUGAGAGAAUGCUGUGUUGUCACAUUACCAGCACAGUAAAGCUUCAUGAGAGAAUGCUGUGUUGUAACAUUGUGAGUACAGUAGAGCUUCGUGAGAGAAUGCUGUGUUGUAACAUUGUGAGUACAGUAGAGCUUCGUGAGAGAAUGCUGUGUUGUAACAUUGUGAGUACAGUAGAGCUUCGUGAGAGAAUGCUGUGUUGUCACAUUACCAGCACAGUAAAGCUUCAUGAGAGAAUGCUGUGUUGUAACAAUGUGAGAACAGUAAGGCUUCAUGAGAGAAUGCUGUGUUGUAACAUUGUGAGUACAGUAGAGCUUCGUGAGAGAAUGCUGUGUUGUCACAUUACCAGCACAGUAAAGCUUCAUGAGAGAAUGCUGUGUUGUAACAAUGUGAGAACAGUAAGGCUUCAUGAGAGAAUGCUUUGUUUGAUAUGGCAGCUUAGUAGAGAUCUCUAA